GUUUUGCGUCUUUCUUUUUUUUUACAAAAACAACAUGAAUUUCGUAAAGGCUACUGCAUUCUCUACUCGUCUUAUUCAGAAGAGAGGAAUCUCGGGUUUUAAGACUCAACUUGUCAACAAGUCCUUGAGACAGAAUAGAUCUUACUCUUCUACUUCUUCUCAUGUCGUUACCAAGGAAAGCAGCAACGUUCCUUGGGUCAUUGGCUCUCUCAUUGUUUUCGGUCCUCUCUUGUUCAAGUUGACUUCUCCUCCUGAGAAGAAGAAGGUUCAACCUGUUGCUCCUGUUGCUAUUGCAGCAAAGGAAGAGGAAGAGGAAGAAGAAGAGGAGGCUGUUGAAGUACCUGUUGCUGUCAAAAAGGUACAAAAGCCCUAUGUUCUUGUAGGUGCAGGAACUGCUUCUUUUGCUGCUGCUCAAGCCAUUAAAGAAAAGGACCCUCAAGCUAAUGUUAUUAUUAUUGGUGAUGAGAGUUAUUCACCUUAUAUGAGACCUCCUUUGUCCAAGGAACUUUGGUUCUCCGAGGACCCUAAUGUUGCCGAAACUUUGGUUUUCAAGGACUGGUCUGGAUCCGAGCGCAACACCGUGUAUCAAGAUAUUUCUAAAUACGAAAUUAUUAAGGAUGCCUCUGGAUCUGAUCUUGAAAGCGAAAAGAUCAAGUUAUUGCUCAACAAGUCUGUCACCAAGUUAAAUGUUGAAGAUCAUGCUGUUACCUUGAAUGAUGGCAGCGUCAUCUAUUACAACAAGGUCUUAUUGGCUACCGGAGGUGAACCUAAGCAAUUACCUUCUCAAGCCGAGAACACAAAUGUUACCACCUUCCGUAACAUUAACGAUUUCAAAAAGUUGGAAAAGAUUGCCAAGGAUGGUGCUCAUAUUGCAGUUGUUGGUGGUGGUUUCCUUGGUUCUGAACUCGCUGUUGCUCUUGCCCACAGAUCUGGCAAGGAAAACUUAAAGGUGACUCAAAUCUUCCCUGAAGAGGGUAACAUGGCUAAUGUUUUCCCCGGUUACUUGACUAAAUGGACCACUAGCCGUGUCCGCAAAAUUGGUGUAGAUGUCAAAGAUAAGAGCACCGUCAAGUCUGUCUCAACCGAUAAGGAGACCGGUAAGACUGUGAUUCAUUUGGGUAAUGAUGAGACUUUAUCGGUCGAUCAUGUUAUUGUUGCUAUUGGUAUCGAACCCCGUGUGGAUUUAGCUAGAGAUGCUGGUUUGGAAAUUGAUGAGAGCAGAUCUGGUGUUGUUGUCAAUGCUGAACUUGAAGCACGUCGUGAUGUCUACGCUGCUGGUGAUAUGGUCUCUUUCCAUGAUGUCCAGUUAGGUCGUCGUCGUAUCGAACAUCAUGACCAUGCCGUUUUGAGUGGUAGACAUGCUGGUGAAAAUAUGGUUGGCGCUUCUCGUGCUUACAACCACCAAUCUAUGUUCUGGUCUGAUCUCGGACCCGAGAUUGGUUACGAAGCUGUCGGUCUUAUCGACUCUCAAUUAUCUACUGUCAGUGUGUGGGCUAAAGCUACUGCCAAUGAUACACCUGCCGCUGCUGCUGCUUCCGAAGCUGAUAGCCCCCGUGCUGCUCCUGGAGAGGAGGUUGUUGCUGAAUCUUCCGCCACCUCUGUGACCGAAGCCGUGAAGGCUAAAAACCCUUUCCAAGAUGAAAAGUUUGGUAAGGGACUUGUUUUCUAUGUCCGUGAUCAAAAGAUCGUCGGUCUUGUAUUAUUUAAUGUUUUCGGUAAGGUUCAAGAAGCCAGAGACAUCAUUAACGGUGGUUACACAUCUGACAAGAUUGACGGCUUAUUGAAAAAGUUUGAGCUUUACUCCAAGGACCAUUAAAAUUUAGAAUAAUAAAAAAAGAUUGCAUUGUAUUUUAACAAAACAUUAGCCAGACGGUGGUAUCAAAAGUAUAGAAGGGAUCUAUGCAAGCCGUACAUCAAAAAAAAAAAAAAAAAUGUAGAUAUGUAUUCCCUCCAAUCUACCUAU